AUGACUCAACACCAAAUUCUUCCUGAUGAGAUGGUGAGCCUGAUUUUUUCAUUUAUCGACUUUCCGACUUUGCAAUCAUGGCUCACAAGCAAAGACAUCGUUGGAAUCAAAUUAUUGUCUUUUGUGAGGUCAGAGUUGAUCAUGUUGAGAUAUAUUAAUGGAAUUGAAGAACUUUUGAAAAAUGAACCUCCGAUCACUAAACGAUGGAAAAUGUUUCCAAAACAACGAUUCUACAUGCGACUGAACAAUACACUCAAAUCUCAUGUAACGAUUUAUUAUCGAAAGUUGAAUAUUGAAGCACUAUUAGGUCCUGUAAAACAUUAUCUCUCUGAAGGCAACUUUAAAGACCAAGCUACGAGAAAGGACAUUGUUAGGAGAUUUCACUUCCAUAGAACGAGCAUCAAUGUAAGCUAUAACAGCGCUCUAUUAAGACUUGCGGAAAGAGAUUGGAGAUUGACAGGAAAGUGUAUAUUUGACGUAUUGAGACAAACCAUUUACAUGAUUAGAACUUACAACCUUCCGGUUUCUCGUCACUGGAUACAUUAUUUCAUAGAGGGUUAUCUUGAUCAACUGAUGGCGAAGAAGUAUAACCGACUGGUAACUCCAUUGAAAAAACUUCGACACCUUCCUCCUUCAGAUCCAGCUCCAAAGAACAUUCUGCAAAAAUUUAAUGAUCUAGCUAUUGAGAUUGGAAUAUUUGCUCAAAAGCGCUCAUUAGCAUAUACUUUCAAAUUAGAAGAGGCUUUUUUUGAACAUGUAAUGUUUACUUUUUGGCCAGUGUUGCCGGAUGUUUCAAAUUAUGAAGCCACAGUUGCCUUGUCAAGUGAAUUCUUUAGACAUGAACUUUAUGCGAGAUUUCUAAAACAUCUCGUCAAUAAUCAUGUAUCCAAGAAUGAUAAGAAAUUUAUAUCUAACGAUUCUGAGUUUGAAAAGAUUUGGUCUAUGCUUACCAUUUUUAAAUUUCAUGAAUUUAUUGUAUCAACUACAGAACAAGAAUUGCAGCCGUAUGAAAAACCGCUUCAGAAAAAGCUAUCAAGGAAACAACAGGUGAAACAAUGGUUUCCCACACUCAACUAUUUUCAAAACAAAAAUCAGGACAAAUUACAAAUCCUUUUGGCCCUCGUGGAAUGA